GUGUAGAUACCUCACACGUUAUUCUCGACUUAACCAUUCACCAUGAGCAGAAGCAACCGAAUUGAUCUGUCGGGUCCAUAUUCAUUGGCCAGAAAAUUUUCUUAAAAAUUCCUUCUCUAGAUCGAGAUCAAAACAAAGCCUUGGUGCCUUGGUAUCUUGAUAUCUACCUGCCAGCCUGGCUUUAGCACAUGACUCCUACGUAUAAGACGUAUAAGUCAGUCAGCGUGUAGCACAUCAUCUACGUAACCUAGAUCUAACAUAUUACUUUAAUAUCCAAUUCGCCAUGGAGACCAUAAACAACGUGACUUCUGCGGCUGUCAGGGCUGUCUGGGGUGAGAGUAAGCAAAAUGGCACGGAGCCUAUCUCAGGCCAAACUGGCAACACCUCUAAGGGGGAACCGUACGAUGCUGGCAACAUUGAGGAUCCCAACGUCCAAGCUGCCAGAGCAGAAAACUCCAACGCCCAGACAAACGGACAUACCAACGGGGAGACCAAUUACGGGCCAACACCGACGGAACACACCAGGGACGCCGAGUUCGCCAAGGAGACGGGCACCGCCGCCGAAGCCAAGGAUACCCCCGACAACCCGUCAACGGAUCUAAAGUCUAAGAGCACCCCCGACGACACGACCAAGGCCCAAAACGACACCCGGAGCCCCGAGGACCCGAAGACGAACCCGAAGUCCGCGCCUACGGACGUCAACGAUGCCGAGGGCGACGGGCCCGGGCCGAACGAGGCGCAGAAGCUGGACGGACCGGGUCCCAAGCCGCUUGAUGAGGUGGCUCGGGAGCACGGCGGCGACGCGGGGAAGAUCGAAAAGGACGAGAGCAAGCCCCUUCCUGGCGAAGAGAGCGCUAGCAAGAGCAGCGGAAGCACAGGCGCGGGCGAGGACGAGGACGAAGACGGUCCGAACGCUAAGAGCACAGGCGAGGGCACCGGCGAGAAGUACGUUAAGAGCAGCGGCCUGAAGGCUGACGGCGGGGACUUCGACGCCACGAAUCCGGGGGCCGGUAGGGAAGCCGACCGUCUGCUCGAGGAGAAAGGCAUCCACCCGGGCGGCGCAAACGGCAGCAAGGACGGUACCGAUGCGUCGGGGCACAAGGAGAAGAAGAGCAUCGGGCAGAAGAUCAAGGACAAAAUGCACCGACACUGAAGCUUUACUGCUCUGCUGAAAAUUUAUGAUAACGACGACCUAUGAUUUCCGAUUAUGCCUUUUUUUCUAAGAGCUGUCUGCCUAGAUGUAAGGAGGCUCCAACCCUAUGUCUAACUGCUGCGGCGCGACGGCGCGUCUCUUGUUUCCGAGGCAUUUGCAUUGUUAUCUUUGUAUCUUCCUAGUUACGAUGUAAAAUGAAUUUUUUUUUUUUUACGACACACAAAUCAUAUCGUAACUACGAGAGAAAAAAAAAUGGUUGUUCGUGAUUUUGAUGCUGACCCUGCUUAU